UUAUAUCAAUUUUGUAGGUUGUACAAAUUCUCCUGAAGGCUAAGCUGCUUGUACAUGAGGAAAAGGAGGAGCUGACAGCCUCCUCGACUCUCAAGCUCUUCACUGAUUACAAAAACAAACGACUCAGAGUGAAUAUAAAUAUGCCAUUGAAAAUUGAACAGAAAAUGGAUCAGGAGGCAACGGGCAAGAAUAUAGAUGAAGAAAGAAACUAUUUGAUUCAAGCUGCAAUAGUCAGAACUAUGAAAAUGAGAAAGAGUUCAAAACAUCAAGAACUUGUGAUUGAAGUUUUCAACCAGCUCUACACCAAGUUUAAACCAAGUGUGGCAUCUAUUAAGAGAUGUAUAGGAAUUUUGAUAGAAAAGGAAUAUUUGGAGCGCAAAGAGGGUGAAAAGGAUACGUACAACUACCUGGCAUAAUUUGUACCUUAAGGACAAACUAACAGUUUAAUAAAGCAUCUACCUCUUGAAAAUGUAAAUAUCGUUGA